AUGGCAAACGCCACACACAAUGUAGGAGAUGGAAACUACUCUGAUGAUGGAGAUGAAUUACAAAACAGCAAUACACCACCAUCUGGCGACUGGCUGCAUACGGAAACUGAUGGGCCUGGCCACUGGGGCAUCAUGCUCACUAUAGUUAUAACAGGAAUAGCCGGCAAUAUUCUACUGUUCAUUAUGAUGCGAAACACGAAAGUGAGAUUCUUAUCGUACUCGGUUUAUUUGAAGUUUCUGACCGUUUCCGAUAGUUUAUUGCUGGUCAUGCGACUGAUCCAGGAAACGGACAGGAUCUUCAUUUUACUCUCAACUACACCAGUAAACGAUGCCUUCUGCAAGAUAGAGUCCAGCAUCCACAUCCUUGCCAUGUUGCUCUCCCCAUGGUUAGUAGUGGGACUCUCGCUGGAUAGAUUCGUGUGCGUCCGAUUUCCCAUGACGCGGGGAAGAUUCUGUUCCCGGAAGAAAGCUGUCCUCGUCUGCUCCACAAUGCUUGGUAUAUCAGUUGUCCUCAUCGUUCCCAUUGUGUUUAAGGUACAAGCUGUGAAUGAACAGUGCGUGUCUUCAGAUGAACUCUACUAUUACCUGGCGGUCAUUCGCCUUCUCAUUGCCUCCUCACUGCCUUGUGUAGCCAUCUUGUUACUCAACAUCCUCAUAAUCAUUCAAAUCAGAAGCAGCAACGCCUUCCGGAACAGGUUUGCAAGGUCAAGGUCCCAUUCAGCCAAUCGCCAGCAUGACCAUUCAACACGCCCCCUGGUGAUAACGUCUGUUAUGGCUUUUGUUACAAUGGUUCCAGCCGCUGUGACAGAGUCUUCAUAUAAUUUGCUGGGGGUUUUCGACAGAGAUUUGAAAGCAUACGAAUUAAGUAAAGCUAUUUUGCCUCCAGUUCGCUUAAUUUACUUGUUAAAUUUUGGACUGAACUUUUACUUAUUGGUGCUAAGUUCGAAAAACUAUCGAAACAUUAUGAAAGAAAUGUUGGGGUGCAACAGGUCUACGCAGUACAGAGAACAUCACGUGAAUUCCAUUUCUUUGUGGGUGAAUAUGAAUACUAAUUCAUGA